GUUAAUUCGUGCUACGUCGAGAUCAUGUACAGUAUUCGUAGUGAAAAAUACGAAAACUUGAGCCAUCGGUGCCGAGGCGUCCUUGAGCUCUCGCUUCUCGCAUACACGUCAUGCCAAAAAACUUUCGAUAAUCGACAGCUGCCUGUCAGGACGUUAAUUACGAUUUUUAUUUUAUCGAUAGCUUUCCGGAAAAAAGGUGCAACUGCAGUGGCAGAAGUGCAUGUGCAGUUGCAGUGCAUUCGCGAGUUUCGUCGAACAAGCACACGCUCUUCGGUAACUUAGUGAUCCCAUUGGAAGCAUAUUGUGUGGAGUUCAAAAUGGCAAACUGGGGUGGCAUGAAAAUGGGAGGCAAACAGGCACCGCCCAGCAACAAGCAGACAACGAUGCGGUUCUCCGAUACGCUGACGGCAGCGCUGGCCAACAGGAAAAACAAAUACAAGGACGUGUCGAAAGAUCUAAACAAUCGCAUCAAUCGCGAAGAGCUGGAGGGUGAAAUCUGCGUGCCGAAUUAUAGCAUCGCCAAGAUUAAGGCCAUGAUCGUGCGCGUCGUCAAGCAGCAGUUUAUCAUUCGCAAUGAGGACGGUGCCGUGUUACCGUGGAAGUACGAUCCGGAGAAAAACCUGGAAAUGAGUCAAUCGAUCGCGAAGGCGGUCAAGGAUCGGUUGCGCAAUCUGAACCUUCCCCGCUAUCGCUUCGUUUGCCUCUGUUCGAUCGUGGAAAAGCAACUGCAGGGUAUGCACUACAAGAUGAAGUACAUUCUCGAUCCGUACAUGGAUAACUACGUGGAGUAUGUGCACGAUGCGGCCAUCUUUUGGAUUAUUACGACCGUAUUUCUGGUGCACAAGGACUAG